AUGGUAGACCCUCCAGCAGACGUACCCUCAAAAAAUGCCACACCACCUGCUUCUCCCCUCGAGCGGAAAUCUCCACCUUCUCCAGUUGGGUCGACACAGCAGGCUGCCCCUGCUUCCACAGGGGGUGACAUAUCGAGUCGUGCCCUAAGAUUAGCCAAGGACAGGAUGGCUAAGAUUUUGAAGCACGAACAUUGCCCAGAAGCGACGGCUGGGAUAGAGACGAUGGACGUCGACCAGAUCUUAACCCGUGAUUUAAACGAGCUCGCAAGUGCAAUGCUAACCGUGACUACCGGCCAUCUUCGCUUAGGAGCUAUUACCGAACAGUCCAAAACCUCCGAGCAACGGCACGCUGAAGAACUCAAAGCUGCCGAAGCAAAAUAUGCUGAACAGCUUGAGGCGGCUCAGAAGACAAACGCAGCACUGCUCGAGGAGAAGGACAAGCUGGUUGAGGAGUUAAGGGAAAAGCUGACUGUGCUAAACAAGGCCGUCGAGCAGAGAGACCAGUUCAAGGAGUCUAACCAGGUCAACUAUCGCGAGGCUAAAAUACUCGAGGAGGACCUGAUUGUGAGCAAACAGGAGACUACAAAGAUGGAAGGCCGGAUCGAGGAGCUUGAAAGAGCCAACGCCAGCAAUUUGGAGAGGUACAUGAAUGCCACGGUUAAGUGUUUCUAUGACUUCUGGAAACACAACCAAGAGGCCAACUUCAGCUAUCUUCCCGAGCGCACGAGGCAUGCUGAGAUUGCCCGCUGCGCUGCUCGCUUGGCGGAAGAAGAGAGAGCAAGGAUACCUGCCUCACCUGAAAUUUCAUUGGCCACUGGUGUGGACGGGGCGGACAAUGAAGCUACAACUGUCAUCGACCAGGACACCCCUCAAGAUCCUCCUGCUUCGUGGUCUGAUAUUUUUCUUUUAUCCAUUUAUCUUAUAAUUACAUGACAUAUGGGUCAUGAUGUAAAGACAAUAUAAUUUUUAUUACUGCGUGGGCAGCU